UGGUUGUAGCUACUAUUGUAAUGCAAGAGCAGGUUGAGUAGCACGUCUUAGGAGUCUUACACACAUAUAUAUUGACGACAAUGGCUGCCUGGAUGGGUAUCAUACAAUCAGUUCACAAUCAUCAUCACUACAGUAUAAUUCACUUCCGCAAAUAUCAUAACAAGCUUCAACUUGAAUAGAGUAAUACAACUUACUUGCUCAACACAUCAAAGUUACAACUUCGUCUACUCAACACACCAACAUCUCGCAUCAUCUAUCCUCUUCCAGAUAGCCACCACAAUGCGUGCAUGGCAAUUCAAAGCCUCCUCCGGCCCCAUGGAAAAGAACCUUUCCAUCCCACCCUCAGGCCUCCCCAUCCCAUCCAUCAAAGACGACGAAGUCCUCGUCGAAAGCCAUGCAACAGGCCUCAACGCAAUCGACUACAAGAUCCUCGAGCUCGGCCUUAUCACACGUCUCGUCUUCCCCUCCAUGACCCCCGGAUUGGAAAUCUACGGCCGAGUCACCAAAACCGGUAGCAAAGUAUCCAAGUUCCGUGAAGGAGACGUAGUAUUCGGCUCCAUCGGCCCUGGACCCAAACACGGCGCACUUGCAGACUAUGUCCCAGUGUCUCAAGACCUACUUGCACAAGCCCCAGAAGGUCUGAAAGGAGAUGACCUCGUCGCCGUCUCUCUCGUUGGCAUGACAGUCCACGCUGGUCUAGCUCCAUACGCGAAACCCGGCAGCAAAGUUUUCAUCAACGGUGGUUCCGGAGGCACAGGUAUAGCGGCGGUUCAAAUGGCAAAGAUACUGGGCUACGAAGUCACUGCUUCGUGCUCGACGGCGAAUAUCGAGCUCGUCAAGAGUCUAGGCGCUGACAACGUAUUGGACUACACCACUACACCAAUCAUCGAGCAGCUCAAGGACAGGGGCGAGGUGUUUGAUCUCAUACUAGAUAACGUCGGUGCGCCGGCAAAUCUGUAUCGUGCUUCUACUCCAUUUCUCCGGGCAGAAGGCAAGUUCGUACAGGUGGGGCUGGGCGUGAGCUUAAGUGGUGUUUUGCAGCUGCUUGGCAACAAUAUUGCAAGCCUAUUGGGGUGGGGGAAGAGGGGGUAUGUGUUUGUGGAUGCGAAGCCAAGUAGGGCGGUUUAUGAGCAGUUGGCUGUGUGGAUGGUAGAGGGGAAGCUACGCGCCGUUGUUGAUUCGACGUGGGAGUUUGGCGAUGUGCCAAAGGCGUAUGAGAGGUUGAAGACGGGAAGGGCGAGAGGAAAGGUUGUUGUGCAUGUCAAGGAGGAUUGAGAGUGUGGGUUGGGGGGAAAAUAAUUUGUUUCUUUGAGCGAGAUCAUGUUUGAGACAACUAUUAGUUUAAUCCCGGGCAUAGUGAACGCCUUUGAUACCUUCUAUACACCUAAUUGAGCAUCUCUGAUUUUUCACUCGCGAACUGAGCAUGAACUACAAAAGACCCAAGAUGAUAUCCUCGGAUCUCGUGUUUCCCCAGGUGUAACCUAAUAAUGCAGGGAGCACUAUACUUGGCUUGGCAGCUGAACUGCUGGGAGGUACUCCAUGGCACGGACCUUCCUGGUG